GGAACGGCGGCCGUUGGCUGCACCGUCCGCUGCUAUAUAGGAGCUGGUCCCCCGCCCUCCCGCAUGCUCCCCUCUCUUUUCUUCCAAAUCCCCCCAAACGAUCCUCCCUCGUCUCAUCAUGGGCGUCCUCAAAAAUUUCGUUGACAGCUUCAAGCGGGCAGAGGAGCCCGAGACGGCUACCGCUCCGCGCUACGACACAAGCGAGGCAAAGGCUGCUGAUGCCGGCGAAAAGGAGUCGGUCAAGGAGGUCGACUCGCCCGAGUACCUCGCCACUGAGCAGGUUGGCCACGUCUCGACGCCUGGCGCCGACACGGGCCUCAAGCGAAAGCUCUCGGGUCGCCACAUGCAGAUGAUUGCCUUCGGUGGCUCCAUCGGCACUGGUCUCUUCAUUGGCUCCGGUGGCUCACUCAGCAGCGGUGGUCCCGGUUUCCUCCUCAUCGACUUCAUCCUCAUCGGUCUCAUGCUCUUCUGUGUCGUCAUGGCUCUCGGUGAGCUCGCCUCGGCGCUCCCCGUCUCCGGUUCCUUCGCAUCCUACUCGACUCGCUUCCUCGACCCCGCGUGGGGCUUCGCAAUGGGCUACAACUACUGGAUGCAGUGGUUCAUCAUUCUUCCUCUCGAGCUCACAGCUGCGUCCAUCGUCUUGGAGUACUGGCCAAACGGGGUGCCAAAGGGCGUCUUUGUCAUGAUUUUCCUCCUCGCCAUCAUCGUCAUCAACCUUUUCGGUGUCAAGGGCUACGGUGAAUUUGAAUUCGUCGCUUCCAUGAUCAAAAUUAUCGCCGUCAUUGGCUUCAUCAUCCUCGCCAUCGUCAUCGACGUCGGCGGCGCACCCGAUGGAACCUACCGUGGCGCCCACACCUGGCACGAGCCUGGUGCCUUUGUCAAUGGUUUCAAGGGCUUCGCUUCCAUCUUUGUCACGGCUGCCUUUGCCUUUGCCGGCACUGAACUUAUCGGCCUGGCUGCUGCUGAAACGAGCAACCCGCGCAAGCAGGUGCCCAAGGCAGCAAAGCAGAUCUUCUGGCGUGUCAUGAUCUUCUACGUCGUCUCCCUCUUCCUCGUCGGCCUCAUUGUUCCCUACGACGAGGAGCGCCUCACGUCGGGAUCUUCGUCGUACGAUGCCAGGGCCUCUCCCUUCGUCAUUGCCAUCGACUACGGCCGGAUCAAGGUCCUCCCGUCGAUCAUGAACGCCGUCAUUCUCGUCUCUGUCCUCUCCGUCGGUAACAGUGCCGUGUAUGCCGCUUCGCGUACCCUCUGCGGUCUUGCUCAGGCUGGACAGGCGCCCAAGAUCUUCGCAUACAUUGACCGUCAGGGCCGCCCGCUCCCCGCCGUCGUUCUCUCGCUACUCAUGGGCUUCCUUGCCUUCCUCAUCUACGCAUCGUCGGCCACGACAAUCUUCAACUGGCUCCUUGCCCUUUCUGGUCUGUCGACGAUCUUCACCUGGGGCUCUCUCUGCUUCUGCCACAUUCGCUUCCGCCAGGCAUGGAAGCAGAGCGGCCACACGGUUGAGGAGCUGCCCUGGGCCGCUCCCCUGGGCGUGUACGGAUCCUGGUUUGGCGGCCUCUUCUGCAUCCUCGUCGUCAUCUUCCAGUUCUACAUUGCCGCCUUCCCCAUCGGCGAAGCCGACAUGUCGGCGUCGGACCGUGUCAACAACUUCUUCCUCCAGUUCCUCGCUGCGCCCAUUGUCGUCCUCUUCUACGUGGCCUACAAGGUCAUCAAGCGGCCGUCGUACGUCCGUGUCGCCGACAUGGACAUCAGCACUGGCCGCAAGGAGGUGCCCCUGCAGGUGCUGCGCCAAGAGCGCGAGGAAGAGAAGGCUAAGCCGCUCUACGUUCGCCUCUUCAACAUCUGCUUCUAAUACCUCUUUCCUCAUAUCUUUCCUCCUCGUAUUUUAUCAUUCAUACUGUUCUCCGCACCUCGUCUGUACGAUAAAAUCCUCCCCAGCAUGACACACCUGUCACGACCGGCCAAUGCCACACAGUAAAC